AUGUCAUCAUCUUCUGUUUCAUAUUUUAUAAAUCUUUCACAUGUAGUUACGAUUUAUUUCGGCUUGACUAUUCUAGUAGCUGGUGUUGUUGGUGGACUUUUAAAUCUUACUGUAUUUUUAAGUCUUCGAACAUUUCGACAAAAUUCAUGUGCAUUUUAUUUAACAAUUAUGUCAUUUGCUAAUAUAAUUCAUUUAAUGACUGGUUUAACUAGUCAUAUUGUAAUUAAUGGUUAUGGAAUUGAUUGGGGAGGUUAUUCAAUAGUUUAUUGUAAAGCUCGAUUAUACUGUAUUCAAUUAUCGAUAUUGAUGUCAUUUACAAGUAUAUGCUUGGCAAUCAUUGAUCAAUUUCUAGCAACUUGUCAUAAUCCAUUUUAUCAUCGAUGGAGUAAUAUUAAACUAGCUCGUUAUAUCAUAAUAGGUUUUCUUUUAUUUUGGUUACUUCAUGGAAUACCAUUUGCACUUUAUUUCAAUGUAGUUAUGUCACUAAUUAAUAUAAAUCAAUUGACAUGUGCUAUCACGAAUGUAACCUUUCAAAAAUAUUUUAAUUUUGGUUUUGUACUUGUCUUAAUCGGUAUAUUACCAUUGACCAUAAUGACUCUAUUUGCUUUAUUAGCUUAUACUAAUGUUCAAACUUUAGGUUACCGAACAAUUCCGUUAGUUCGUCGUGAAUUAGAUAAACAGUUAACACAUAUGGUACUUGUUCAAGCCAUUUAUAGUUUCUGUAUUUUAUUACAAUAUGUAAUUACUACCGUAGUAUUGUAUUAUAUAUCUCCUACCGAUCGAACAAACUUUAUAUCAGUUUUAUCUGUUACUAUACACAAUUGUUAUUUUGCAGAUUCAGUACAAUCAUUAUUGGCUAGUUUGAAAGUUUAUCUAGCCAAGAAUAUCAAUGAAGAACCAAUGUGGGUACCAUCAACUGAUCAGAAGACUGUUCAGGUGACAUUUCAUGCUGAAUUCGGUGUAAUAAGUGAUCGAAUCUUACGUGAUUUAUACGAGCUCGAUAUAGGUAACAGAAGUGGCAGUCAAGUUUGUGUAAUUCCAGCAAUGGUUCUUGUUGGAUCUCGUAAUAAGGUAUCGGAUAUUACCUUAACUACUAAUACAACGAAUCAAAUUGCCGAUAUGAAACAGCUCGAUCAUUCGCAAUCAAUAGUCUCAGACACAACGAUGAAAAAAAGCAUUUGGAAGACUUUCAGCGAGUCCGAUUUUAAGAAAAGUGUUCGAGCUAGACUAAUGGUUCAUCAGGUUAUAGCUGGGAUUCGUGCCGCUAGUGCAUUGUCUUUCGACUUUGUUGUACUACUCAGUCUGGCUUCGAUGCUUGCUGCCGUUGGUCUUCUGGAAAGCUCGUCUGUAAUUCUUGUGGCUAGUAUGCUGGUCAGUCCAUUGAUGAAUCCAAUCAUGGGUAUUGUGUUUGGUGUAUCAGUACACGAAACGUCUUUGUGGCGACAAAGCAUUCGAAACGAAGUUAUUGGUCUAGUUCUUUGUAUUCUAUGGGGUUUCAUCAUUGGACUAUGUACAACUUAUACCGGAACCAAUUGGGGAAGUUCAUCAAGUUUUCCUACAUCGGAAAUGAAGGCACGCGGUGAUCUCAAACGAUUGUGGGUUGGUGUUCUCAUUGCUGUGCCUAGCGGUGCUGGUGUUGCUUUGUCUAUACUCGGUGGCAAUACAGGCUCAUUAGUGGGUGUGGCAAUAUCUGCUUCUCUUUUGCCUCCCGCAGUCAAUUGCGGACUUCUCUUUGCCUAUGCAAUCUUCGCUCAGUUAAUAUUUAACGAUGCUUGGGAUUAUAGCAGCAAAGGAUCGAGUGAACGAACACAUGUGGAAUAUUUUUCGUUUCAAAAUCGACUUCAUUCAAAUGGACCUAUCGCCAAUUGCUCCAGGCCAAUGCAGAACCAUUAUGAACCAUACUAUUCGUGCAAUAUGGCAUACGAAGCAGCGAUACUUGGUGCUUGCAGUUUCCUUUUAACUUUGGUGAAUAUCGUAUGUAUUAUUAUUAUGGCCCUGAUUAUUCUUCGUAUUAAAGAAGUUGUACCUCUCCAUCAAACCAAUGAAACGAUUCAAGCAUUCUUUAAACAUGAUGUUAAACUGACUCGUGAUCGUAAUCGAACUAGUUUGAAAGGACAAAAACAAAGUACGGCUACUUUUAUAAAAUCAAACACUAAUCCUGCGAAUGAAUUUACAUUAUCUGGCAAGUAUGACCAUCGACAAUCCAUAAUUAUACAGGAAGCAAGCUCAGGAGCAACCUCUACAACACUGUUCGAUAUGAAUGAUCUACAGAUGUAUGUGAAAAACUUUAAUCUUGAUAUUUUCAAUGAGAAUGAUCGCGAACUACUGACAGCAGAAAGUGAAGAGAAAGUCUCCUGUUUGGUGAAAAAUAUUCUCGAUAUGUACGAAGAAGAUCAACCGAUGUUCUUGGAUUUCUGCCAUUACCAACCUUACAGUAAUCCAGCAUCGGCACAAAAAGAAUAUUUCAUCUUCUAUGAACAUUUCAUUAAACUUCUACCAUUAAAAUGGUAUGAACGGUUCGAACGUGAACGACGUCGCCGUUGGGAUAUCAUUCAUAUAGGUAAACAACGUGCCAAUACAUUUACUGCACCGAUUGUUUCAUUUCCUACUCGUUCUCGACUAAAUCAAUCAUUCAAUGGACCGCAUAAACGAUCGACAUUGAGACGUGUGAAAAAAACACAAUCUUACUCGAGAAAAGCAGUUCCAACAGUUUUUUCUAAUGAAGCAUUAACAGAAUUUGACAACACAUUACAAUCUAACAGAGAACAGAAUCCAAGAAAAUAA